AUGCAGAAAGAAGAAAAUAAAUCGAAGAAACGUAGCUAUAAAGAAAAAAAAUCUCCGAUAAGAAAGGAAACCAAACAAAGAAACACCAUUCCAAAGAAAAAUACUGUCCAAAAGAGCGAAUAUAUUCCAAAAGAUAGCAAUCUCAUUGAAAAGAUUUCUAACAAAACACCUCCAAAGAAAUAUAACUCGAAACAAAUAAAACCUCAGAAAGGAAAGUAUUCUAAAAAGAAGCAUUCAAAAGAACGUUAUUCAAAAGAAAAGAAAUAUCCGAAGAAAAGUUAUUCAAAGAAAGAAACAUCUAAGGAACGUUACUCCAAAAAGAACCAUUCUAAGGAGCGAACACCAAAAGAAAAAUAUCAUCCAAAGAAACGAAAUUAUAAAGAAAAGGGCACUCCGAAAAGACACAACUCUACAGAAAAGAAAUCUUCGGAAUUAUCGGACACACCAGAGAAGAUAAAAAUAUUAAGGCAGAAAAAUAAGCCUAAACAAAUAAAUAAGAAAAAAGUGAGGAAACAAAAGAAGAAACCAAGAAAGAAGAACAAAAAAGUAAAGAAGCAAAAGAAGAAACCAAGAAAGAAGAACAAAAAAGAAAUCAAACCAAAGAAGAAACCUACAAAGAAGAACAUAAAAGUUUCAAGAUAUGUCGGUUGCUUUGACGAUCAUAAGCCGAGAAUGAUGUUUAAAGCAUUUCUGCAACAUAGUAAAAUGACCAAAGAAAGAUGUCUACGGUUUUGUGCCAAAAAGAGAACUAGAUUUGCAGGUCUUGAGUUUAAACAUCAGUGCUUUUGUGGUAAUUCUAUCAAUAAAAAGAGAAAGAGAAAAGAGAGUGAAUGUAGUAUGCCAUGUGUAGGGAAUGGACAACAAAAAUGUGGUGGUGUGUGGAGGAUUUCUGUGUAUAAAGUUGGACCCACAGUGAGGACUUUGAAACCAAAAUGUCAUAAGAGAGCUCGGUUGAGGAAUGGUAAAUGUGUAUGUAAACGUGGUUACUAUGGCGAUGGGAUCAAUGCUUGUGAUAAAUCUUGUACGUGUAUGGCUUCUGGUGAUCCGCAUUACAAGACCUAUGACGGGCAAAUGAUUCAUUUUAUGGGAACAUGUAAAUAUUUACUGACUAAAUCGAAAGAAAACAACGAAUGUGCGUUUAGUGUCGAAGUGAAAAACGAGCGGCGUGGAAGAAAUACGAAAGUGGCUUAUACAAGAACUGUUGACCUCAAAAUCUACAAAAAGACAGUUCGAAUUAUGAAAGGAGGGAAAGUUUUAAUAAACGGACAGAAAAAGUUUCUACCAGUUCAGGAAAGUAACAAUAAACUUAGAGUAUUCCGUAGUGGAAGGUUCGUACAGGUUUGGACUGAAUGUGGAAUCAAAGUUAAUUUUGAUGGGAAACAUGCUGUGUAUGUGGUGACGCCACCAAAGUUCAAGGGCAAACUUGAAGGUAUAUGUGGGGACUGUAACGGAAGAAAAGAUGACUUCAAAACUAGAGAGGGGAAAGAUGUGUCCAAAGAGAAAACGAAAUUUGCCUUGAUUGGGGAUAGCUAUUCGAUGUCAGAUGAUUCUGAAGACCCUCUGACAAGGUGUGAAACAGAAGAUGUACCCGUGCAGUGUAUACCAAGAAUGAACAACUUAGUUAACGAGCCCCAUAUCUGUGGAGAUCUUCAAAACGUCAAUGGACGAUUCGCUGCAUGUGUAAAGACUAUACCAUUGACUGCCAGGGAUUACUAUAGAUCAUGUGUAAUGGAUAUGUGUUCAUAUGAAGGAGAGCCUAAGCUUCUAAACACUGUAAAAUGUUCCUCUUUGGAAUCGUUUGUUGAGGAAUGUGCUGAAAGUGGGAUAAUUAUGAAAUGGAGGACAGAUAACUUUUGUCCACUGAAGUGUAAAGACCCGAAUAUGAUUUAUAAGUCCUCUGGUUCAGGCUGUCCUGCUACUUGUAUUGAUCCUAAAGCGUCAUCUAAGUGUACAUUAGAAGAAAGAGAGGGUUGUUUCUGUAAGCAAGGAUUUGUUCUUAGCGAUGAUAAGUGUAUAAAACAAAGUGAGUGUGGUUGUAAAGACAGGAACGGGGAUUACUUUCCGAUCGGGUCCAAAAAAGGAAGCAAUGAUUGUUCGAAAGAAUACGUUUGUAAAAAGAAGGGAAGGGGAAGACGUUUUGUGAAGGUUAACACGGGUAAAAGGUGCCAUCGUAAUGCUUUAUGUACCUACGAUACUGAUGGAGUCAGGUCAUGUCAGUGCAAGAAAGGAUUCAUUGGUGACGGAUACAAGAAAUGUGAAGCUCUUUGUGGCAAGAAAUAUGAGUGUAAUAAACGAGCAAGGUGCGUAAAUGGCCAGUGUGUGUGUAACAAUGGACUUUACGGCGAUGGAAUUAAUUCCUGUGAAGGUGUUUGUACAUGUACUGCUGCUGGUGAUCCACACUAUCGAACCUUUGAUGGACAGAUGAUACAUUUCAUGGGUGAUUGUAAAUAUACACUUACAAAAAGCAUUAGAGAUAUGGGUGAUUGCAACUUUGAUGUGCAAGUCAAGAAUUAUAAAAAGAGGGCGUCAGCUACCGUUUCUUUCACCAGAUAUGUUGAGGUUCAUUUUGGAAAAUCAGUCAUCAAGCUUGACCAAGGCAAAACUGUGUUUGUAAAUGGCGAAGUAAAAUACCUUCCAUUCAACAACAAUGACCAAUGGACUGUGUCACUAAGUGGUACUUAUCUAAAAGUAUCUUCAAGGUGUGGUAUCAGUGUAUUAUGGGAUGGGAUAUCCGUAGUACGAGUGGUGAUUCCCCAAAAAUAUGGUACCAUGGUAACGGGUAUUUGCGGUAGUUGCAACGGUCAAAAAGAUGACUUGCGUACCAGAGAGGGCAUUGACGUUUCUAGUAAAGAGAACACAUACUCGCUGAUUGGAAGCAGUUAUGAAGUUUCAAAGUCCAAUAAUGGUUUAGAAAGUGAAAAUUGCAGUACAACAGACGAUUUGCCGGAAUGUUCAGCAGAUGCUUCGAGACUAGUGCUACAAAAUGACAAAUGUGGUGUAUUGAAAUAUGGAAACCAAGACUCACCCUUUAAAGAGUGUAUAAAUAAAAUAGCUGCUACAGCUAAAGAAUACUUGGAAUCGUGUGUUAUGGACGCCUGCGCAUAUUCCAAGAACAUUGAUGAACUUAAACAAGUAGUUUGUAUGAACCUAAAUGCGUUUGCUGAGGAAUGCUUGACACAUGGUGUCACAAUCAAAUGGAGAAGACCUAACCUUUGCCCAAUAACAUGUAAGAAAAAUAUGAGGUAUAGCGAUGCUGCUAGUGGAUGUCCAGCGACAUGCGUAGAUCCAAAUGCUCCGAAUAAAUGUAAAGAUGAACCUUCGGAAGGCUGUGAGUGUCUACCUGGCUAUGUACUGAGCGACAGAGAGUGCGUACCUGAAAAGGAAUGUGGGUGCAUCAGGAACGGAAAUUAUUACCCGCUGAACACUAUACUCGUGUCUGAUGACUGUACUAAAAGAACACAAUGUGUAUCAAGAAACGGUGAAUCUAUAUUCGUUACAUCAUCAGUUAACAUGAAGUGUCAUCCGAAUGGAAUGUGUGGACUUGAGAAAGGAGUCCAAAAAUGUGUGUGUGCCGAAGGUUUUGAAGGAGAUGGUAUUCGACAAUGUAAAAAGCCUACGCCACGACCAACAGCAGCAUCCACAACGCUGGCAGCCUCACCUGCUCCAUGGCGAUUUAUUGAUGACAGUGAACAGAAUGAUGAAGAGGAUGAAUUUACCACGCUAAAACCUCCACCCAAUAAAGCUACAACACCCAAACCUCCGUCUGACGAAGCUGCAACGCCAAAACCUCCAUCUGGUAAAGCAACAACGCCAAAAUCUCCAUCUUGUAAUCACCCAGCUAAAGCCAAAAGAGAAGUCACACACACGUUAGAAAAAGAAUUACAGGAAAAGAUGGUUGAGAGAGACCAAUUAGAUUUAUUAAACUCUAAUUUGGAUGAUCGUAUUAAAAAUUUGGAAUCAGAACUGAAUAAGAUUUAUGAUGAGAAAGCCAUUGGUGCACAAAUCAGAGCCAGAGAAAAAUGGAUUGAAUUAGGAGAAAAAAAUAAUGCAUAUUUUUUGGGACUUGAAAAGCAAAGGCAAAUUAAAAAAUCGAUAAAUAAGUUAUUAGAUGAAAAAAACAAUGUCUUAAAAGAUCAAAGUAAGAUUUUACUUGAGAUUAAAAACUACUAUGAAAAAUUAUUUUCAUCACAAAAUCCUAAUGAUACAUUAUCCCAAGAAUACAUUAAAAAUACAAAAUUAGAAUAUAAAUUAAAUGAUGAAGAAAAACUAUUGUGUGAUGGUUCAGUAACGCUUGAGGAAUGUUCUGAAGCGAUAAACAAUAUGAAAUUAAACAAGUCUCCUGGACUUGACGGUCUAACCGUAGAAUUUUACAAAACGUUUUGGGAGAAGCUUAAAUAUCUACUUGUUAAAGUUUAUAAUAAGGGUCAUGAAGAUAAUUUAUUGACUUACUCUCAGCGUUCUAGUGUUUUGUCGUUAAUAUUCAAAAAGGGGGAUCCAUUAAAAUUAGAAAAUUAUAGACCAAUUUCAUUAUUAAACGUCGAUCUUAAAAUAUUGUCCCAUGUUCUAGCUCAACGACUAAAAAAAGUUUUACCAAAACUCAUAAACACUGAUCAGUCUGGAUACAUAAAAAAUAGAUUUAUUGGGUUUAAUUUAAGGCAAAUACAGAACAUUAUAGAUUAUGCAGAUAUAUAUAAUAUAGAAGGGGCUAUUGUUUUUGUCGAUUUUAAAAAAGCAUUUGACACGCUUGAAUGGAAAUUUAUGUUAGACACUUUAGAUCACUUUGGAUUCAAUGAAUCAUUCAAAAAUUGGGUUAAAACUUUGUAUACUGAUAUUCAAACAUGUAUAAUUAAUAAUGGGUGGAUUUCAGAAAUGUUUAAGAAUUCAAGAGGGAUUAGACAGGGGUGUCCUUUAUCUGCUUUACUUUUUGUCAUAUCCGUUGAAAUAUUGGCACUAAGACUUCGAAAUAACGAAGAUAUAAAAGGAUUUCAGAUAAAAUUUGAUAGAAAAACACAUUGUAUUAAAAUAAGCCAAUUAGCUGAUGACACAACUUUAUUUUUUAAUGAUAAAAAUGAUAUCGAACUAGCAUUGAAUGAAAUUGAAAUCUUCGGAUCUUAUUCCGGAUUAAUUAUAAAUAAAAAUAAAACAGAAGGGAUAUGGAUAGGAAAACUCAAAAAUAGUAAAGACAAAAUAGCAAAUAUUAACUGGACAGAUAAACCUGUAAAAGCGUUAGGGAUUUAUUUUGGACAUAAUAAUGAAGAAUGUGAGAAAUUAAAUUUUGAAACUAAAAUAGAUAAAAUGGAUAAACUAUUUAUUCUUUGGAAAAAGAGAAAUCUGACUAUUUUAGAACCAGAAUGUAGUGUAGUAGUACGUCAUGAUUCUUGUGGUACUGAAAUAAUGCUGACUGGUAACUGUGCCUACUCAAACCAGUUCACAACACAGUGUCAAUACAUGAUAAAAACUGGUAUCAACACUGACGGUGAAUAUUUAGCUGAUGUAACUGUCAGUGGCAAGAAAACCAGACUGGUUUCCGGUAAUGCAAUAAAGGACUGUGCCACAUUUUCUGUAAAAGGAUCUUUACUCAUUGUGACGGAAGACACGUGUGAGAGAUGCAUUUUACAGUUUAUUCGUAACAUGACGCCAAAUAAUUCUUGUAUCAAAUCAUAA